UGCUAAACCCAGAAAAAUAAUAGAACGACGGGAUUGAAUCUUAAUGAAUUCGACAAGUGCGGCGCUAGCGGAGCAGUUCGUGCCGGUCACGUAUGUGCAACAAGGUCUCGAUGCGCUCCGCUCGCGCGAGAAACAGGUGACGACUUUGCUCGCACAGCGUCGCCUUCCGGACAAAGGCUGGGACGAUGCCAGCGUGGAGCUGCUGCUGCAAACGCUUUCGGCCAUGGACAGCAACAACUUUCUGGGUAGCGCAGGCGCCGGCGAGCGCGAGGCACGCGUCUUCUCUCCAUUAGUGGCGCGUCGUCAUUUUCACUUGGCACAUGGUAUAGGUAGAUCAGGCGACGUGGCGGCGGUACAGCCUAAAGCUGCCGGGUCGUCGCUCAUGGUGCAGGUGGCUAACGCUCUAGCCAAGGACGUGCUGCGUCUCGCAGGUAUGCGGGCGGUACAAGCGGCGUUGGUACUGCCUGUGGCAACUGGUAUGUCGCUUAUGCUGGUGCUAUUGCAGCUGAAAGUGUCAAAACCCAAUGCACGCUACGUCGUAUGGCCUCGUAUCGACCAAAAGUCCUGCUUCAAAUCCAUCUUGGCGGCCGGAUUAACGCCGCUAAUACUGGCAAAUACUUUGGUAAAGGAGGAAGAUGAGAGUCCUAGCGGGUACUUGAAAACAGACUUGGUAGGGAUGGCAGCACUGAUGGAUCAAUACGGGAGUGAUAGCAUUUUGGCUGUGAUGAGCACCACAAGUUGCUUUGCGCCGAGGGCCUAUGAUAGCGUGAAGGAGAUUGCUGAGCUUUGUCAAGAGCGAAACAUUGCCCAUGUGAUCAAUAACGCUUAUGGUGUCCAGGCAUCCAAGUGUGUUCAUCAAGUAGAAUUAGCUAUGAGAACUGGGCGUGUGGACGCCGUGGUGCAGAGUCUCGACAAGAAUUUCAUGGUGCCUGUAGGCGGAGCCAUUGUUUGUUCGGCAUCUCGUGAUAUUGUUGACCGCGUGGCAAAAUACUACCCUGGUCGAGCCAGCGCUACACCUACUCUGGACUUCUUCAUUACGAUACUCCAAAUGGGGAAGAGUGGAUAUCGACGACUACUUGAAGAACGCAAGCAACUCGCAACUUACAUGCGCGAGAAGCUGGACGCGCUUGCAAUUGAGAAGGGUGAGCGUGUGCUGCAUGUCUCCAACAACGAGGUAAGCAUUCGGCAAGUGAAGGGGAUUGAUCCGCUGCUCAUUCUCAUCGUCUUACCCACCUCUCAGAUCUCUUUUGCGCUGACUCUGGGGAGUUUCUGCUCGGAAGUGAUGGACAAGCAAGAAAGAUCACGACGGCUGACGUUACUUGGCGCUAUGCUCUUUUCACGUGGGGUGUCUGGUGCACGAGUUGUGUCGUGUCUCGACCACAAAACGAUUGCUGGACACGAGUUUCCAUCCUUUGGAGCGCAUUAUGACGGAUUUCCUGUGGCGUACGUUACCUUUGCCUGUGCGUUGGGCAUGCGGCAUGACGAAGUGGACUUACUCGUCACGAAACUACGGAAGACAAUUCAUGAGUGGCGAGCGAAACUGAGCAAACAAUCACCUCCAGUCAAGAAUCAAGUAGAACAGAGUUCGGCACUCGAGAACAAGUAGACUGUCUAUAAAUCUGUUUCCUGAUGUGCUA